AUGACGAUGAUAGCUAGGAUACUGCAAAAGGCAGUGGGUGAUUAUGUAUUCCUAAAGGUCUUUUUGAUGAAGGAAGUUAUGAGAUUCAGGAAGAAGGGAAAGCUCACACCUCGAUACAUAUGGCCUUUUGAGAUUACUGAUAGAGUUAGAGCAGUGGCCUAUCGGUUGGAGUUACCACCAAGCUUUUCUCAUGUCCACCCACCAGUGUUCUACAUUUCCAUGCUUAAGAAGUACAUACCUGAUCCUUCCUAUGUGUUACGACCUCAUACUAUGGAGUUGAAUGAAGACUUGACUUUCGAGGAACAACCAAUAGACAUAGUGUACUAUCAAAUGAGGCAGUUGAUUCAAAGCAGAUUCCUAUGGUUAAGGUUUUGUGGAGGAGCCAAUCGGAAAGAGUGUACUUGA